GCAACACAACACAACACAACGCAACGCAACACAACACAACACAACACACUGCACUGCACUGCAUGCCCAAGCAGCCACUUAGCUGUGGCCGGUACUGUUGUUUUGGUGGACGAUGAGCUACACUGCCUUGGACAAGAGGCCUUGGUCCUUUCUUCUGUUCUGCAUUUUAUUUAUGUCAAUUAUCGAUGGCGUUUUUACCGCUCCAGAGACUGGAUAUUGGACUAUUACAGUUGUCAAUACGUCAAGACCUUUGUUAUUAAAAAAGUCCAUGUACAAAGCCACUGACAUCCAGUUAAAAGUCUCUUCCUUUAACUGUCCCGCAGAGGUGUCAUUUACUAUUAGCUGGUAUUUAAAGUUCUACCCGUGUCACAAUGAAUUCAGUAACAUAGAGGAAAUGUAUGACAGGACACCACUGAGUAGAGGAGAAUGUCUAGACCCCAAUCCUCUUGCACCAGGAGAGUACAUCGAACACAAGUACGGAAAAUUAACCUGCAACAACGGGAUCCAGUUUUUCCCCAUGCUAAACAAAUCCCAAGCAGAGCCCAGAACAGUGGAUCCACAGCGAGAGGAUUUUAUUAAUGAUGCCAAUUACACCAGGUGGCUUACAGCAGAAGCUGAAGUUAAACCAGGUAUAAAGGAUCACGUCAUUGCUACGACAUGGAGAGACGGACCGUAUCUACUUGUGGUAGUGAUCGAGACUGAUAAAAAGGACGUCGACUGGAAUUUAACCUUCACUGUGAUAAUGAAAGGAGAUCAUGGUUACAUCUCAGUCACAGAAUGGCCUCUUAUGAUCUUCUACAUGGUGAUGUGCAUUGUCUACAUUUUGUACGCUCUACUCUGGUUCAUCUGGGCUUCUUGCUACUGGAAAGACCUGCUGCGGAUCCAGUUCUGGAUAGCUGGCGUCAUCUUCCUGGGCAUGAUCGAGAUGGCAGUCUUCUGUGCCGAGUAUGAGAACGCUAAUGCUGUUGGCUCAGCAACUCAAGGCUUGCUGGUUUUUGCCGAGCUCGUGUCCGCUCUGAAGAGAACACUAGCACGACUCUUGGUCAUCAUCGUCAGUUUGGGCUACGGAAUAGUCAAGCCUCGCUUGGGGACCGUCAUGCACAGAGUCGUGGGGCUGGGAGUCCUCUACUUUGCCUUUGCUGCCAUUGAGGGCAUUUUGAGGAUUACUGGGGGCCGGGACAGUGUGCCAUCUCUGCUCACUGCCAUUGUAAUGACUGUGUUUGACUCCUGCGCCACUUGGUUCAUAUUUGUUAGUCUCGCACAAACCAUAAAGACUCUAAAACUCAGGAGAAACCCGGUGAAGUUGUCAUUGUAUAGACACUUCACCAAUACCCUCAUCUUUGCUGUAAUCGCCUCUGUCAUUUUCAUGGUGUGGACAACAAAGAAAUUCCGAUUAGCAGACUGCCAGGCUGACUGGAUGGAGCUCUGGGUAGAUGACGCCUUCUGGAGGUUUCUGUUCUCUAUAAUACUGCUGGUCAUCAUGUUUCUCUGGAGACCAUCUGCAAAUAACCAAAGAUAUGCAUUCACACCUUUAAUUGAUGAUUCAGACGAUGAAGAGAUUGAAGAGUUCUUGGUGUCUGCAAAUAUUGCUGACGGCUUAAAACUAAGAGCCGCUAAAACCGAGACUAAUGGAGCAACGAAACCCCUUGCUCCGAGUGUGGACGAAGACUUGAAGUGGGUGGAAGACAACAUUCCUUCCUCCAUAACAGACGUUGCUCUGCCUGUUCUUCUCGACUCGGAUGAGGAAAUCAUGACGACAAAAUACGAGAUUUCAAAAAUGCAGUGAGAGCACAAACGAACGGCUUCCUUCAGAUAACAUGGGCGGCACCGCUGCUUCUCCCACUACCGCUACGACGUCCGACAGACGAGAGACUGACAGGUGAAGAGUUUGGCAGUGGAUCUGAAGAGAAGAGGAAUUCUGUUUCUAAUCACAGGAGAAUCCUGACUCACCUCAACAGUCCUGCCUGUAUUCAAGCCUUUUUAUAUCUAAUGUGAAAAAUUACUGAUUUUUUUUUUCCCCCCCAGAAGUACAAGUACUCAUUCACACAUGGGGUUCAAAUGGGUUUUUUUCUUCCAGUAUUUAUUUUUUUUUCCCCUAAAAGGACAUGAAAUUAAAGGACCAAUGAUUCUGUUCAGGCAUCCUUUAUACUUAUAUACUUAUUAUUUUCUUAUAUAUGUCAUGUUAUUUUUAGAUUCAUGGUGUCCAAGUCAUCCUGCUUCUGAAAAUACAGUUGUGUUGAACAGAAUCUUCUGCUUCAUGUGUAAUUAUACAGAUGUUGACUGGGUGAUGCAGAAAAUCAAACACAAAAGUAUGAACUCCAGUCUGGAUGUUAAUUUCUCAACCGUGCUGGAUUACUUUAACAUCGAGCAAAAUGUGCAUCUCGCAUCAAAGAGCAAUAUGAAGUUAAUAAUCCUCAUUUUGCCCUGUGCACUUUUUUAGAAAUGCAUUUUAGGGUUUUUCUUUCUUUCUCAUUUUAAUCACAAGCCUUAAAAACACUACAAAUAACCAGAUGAUUGAGAAUAGUUGGUCUUGUAGGAUCGCACAUUUUCCUUCCCCCCCCCCAGAGAAAAGCACAGUUUGCCAUGCAGAGAUACAGAAAUCUUCCCACAGGACAACUGUUGUGAUUUAAAGGCGUUCCGUUAGAAUGUAUCAUAACCUCCUUGUGUGUUGUUGUCGUCAAUGACAAAAUGCAUUCAUUUCAAUUGAGUGAUUUUUUUUAAAUUUAUUUAUUUAUUUUUGCCACAAGGUUAGUCUGAUUCUGUGCAAAAUAUUUUUUUUUUUAACAACUUGAGGAUUUUCUAUCUUCUGGAUUUUUUUUUUUUUUUACCUUGCUGUGGAAUCUUUGGAUUCUUCUUUUUUAGAUUUGUUUCAUUUUGGGCAUUGCGUCCAUUUUUUUUUGUCAUGCAUGUUC